AUGACGGAUAUUCCGGCCUCGACGACGAAGCGGCUCCUGCGCGAGCUCAAAGAGUACUCAAAGUCGCCCAAUGACGCCCUGCUGUCCCUCGCGCCCGUCAGCGACGACGACCUCCUGCACUGGGAGGCCGUCCUCAAGGGCGUCCCAGACUCUCCCUACGAAGACGGCCUCUGGCUGCUGCGCAUCGCGGUGCCGACGACGUAUCCCAUGCACCCGCCCAAGAUCACCUUCGCAACGCCCAUCUGCCAUCCCAACAUCUCCUUCUCGACCGGCGAGAUCUGCCUGACACUGCUCACGUCGGAGCACUGGUCGCCCGUCUACACCAUCUCCAGCACCCUGUCGGCGAUACACCAGCUGCUGACCGACCCCAGCCCGGAUUCGCCGCUCAACGUCGACGUCGCGGCCCUGUUGCGAGACGGCGACCUGCUGGGGUGGACACGGCUGGUGAAGUACUGGACGGCCACGGAGCGGUGGAACAACGUCCAACAGCGACGGUAG